CUGAGGGCGGGCUGCGGCCGGGGGCCCUGCCCGGGGGUCGGCUCCGUGCUCCGCUCCGGCUGCGGGGGCUCCAGGCAGGCAUGGUCGGCUAUGACCCCGGCUCCACGUGCGUCUCCACGGCGGAAGCGGCUGCAGCAGGGUCAGCAUCUGGCUUCGUCACCCGGCUCCUUGUCAGUCCCUUGGAUGUCAUCAAGAUCCGGUUCCAGCUUCAGAUCGAGCGGCUCUCCUCCAAAAACCCAGGCGCGAAGUACCACAGCAUCCUGCAGGCCGCACGGUGCAUCUGCCGGGAAGAGGGCUUGGUGGCCUUCUGGAAGGGCCAUGUUCCUGCUCAGCUGCUUUCAGGUGGCUACGGAGCUGUUCAGUUCAUGGUGUUUGAGAACCUGACACAACUGGUACACAGCAUCACCUCCUACGGCACCCGCGACUCCUUGGUGCACUUCACCUGCGGUGGGCUGUCUGCCUGCACAGCCACGGUUGCAGUCCAGCCUCUUGACACGCUACGCACCCGCUUAGCUGCUCAGGGUGAGCCUAAGAUCUACCAAAACCUUCGCCAUGCAGUGGUCACGAUGUACCAGACAGAGGGACCUCGGACGUUCUAUAGAGGUUUGACCCCCACAAUCAUUGCUGUCUUCCCAAAUGCUGGUCUCCAGUUCUCCUUCUACAACAUCCUGCAACAGCUUUCUGAAUGGGUGGUUCCAGCUGAAGGAAAGAAAGGAGGCAACGUUAAAAACCUUGUUUGUGGCAGCUGUGCUGGAAUCAUCAGCAAAACCCUCACUUACCCCUUCGACUUGUUCAAGAAGCGACUGCAAGUGCAUGGCUUUGAGCAGGCUCGGGCAGCCUUUGGGCAGGUGCGGGUGUACAGCGGUCUGCUGGACUGCAUAAGGCAGAUCAUGCGAGAGGAGGGCCCGGGUGGAUUCUUUAAGGGCCUCUCACCCAGCUUGCUGAAGGCUGCUGUCUCCACUGGCCUUACCUUCUUCUGGUAUGAGCUGUUCUGCAGCCUCCUGUGCUCCCUGAAGACUGCCGAUGGCAUUGCAAGGAAGGAGCGCUGAAAGGGACAUGUCUGUGGCUCCCUGGUGCCCUCCUAGAGGAGGCGAAACUGAUGGGCUUUGCUCUGUCAUGAGCACGUUGGGAAUGUCAGAGUUCCCAGAGCUCCAUCAGCCUGUAGGAAAUCACCUCCUGGGACCAAGCAGGUGAAGGCAGCUGCAGUUCUGCUGAAGACACUGAACUGCUUUGCUUGAAGCUGUUCAACUGAGCACUUUUUUCCUCUGUUUCCUCUAAUCUCAGCACUCACUUAGUGGGGAGAGGGGGGAACCAAGCAGAAAACUACCUGCAAUGAAGAGGCACCUGCUGAAGCAGGUGUAUCCCUGUGCUUGCCCUGGAUCCCAGGUUGGGAUCCUGGUGUAGCUGGUGCUGCUUAUCCAACCUAACACCCACUUCCUAUAGCUGCAUCCGCACAGCUGUUUCUUUGCUCUGGACUGUUGUUUGCACCAUGUUCUUUCCUUGGUGUAGCACAGGCAGCUCUGUGCUGCUGUUGUGAAGUCAACUCAAACCUCCUUAGUGUCACAGAGCCUCAGUUUCCCUUUUAUUUGCUGCCAGCUGCUGCUUCUUGCUUACCACUUGAAUCAGCCACCUGAAACACAGCAUCUUCUGGUGGAUCACCCCCAAACUUGCUCUUCCUUUAACUCUGAUGAGCUUGAUUGUAUCCAAAGUGCCCGUUUCUCUUGCACGUCUUGCCACACAUCUCUUGGGGUUCUGCAUUGCCUCAGUCACACUUUUGCAACUCAGUCUGCAGAUUAAGAACCCCUCUCUAAAGGAAUUCAACGCACAAGCCCUAUUCUUUAGGGUUCUUUGCUUCAAUGCAGUGAGUAACCAAAUGCUGUAUAGAGUGCUAGAAAUACUUAAUCUAAGUGGGAAUGAUGAAGGAAAAGGCCUGUGGAAACUAGUAAAUACCUUUUUAUUAUUAUUAUUA